UUUAAAUAGUAAUACAACGUCAAGCUCUGGUCGUGUGUCAUAUCCCGCGCGUUUUCUCACCGUCUCUCAGUGCUCGUCCGAGCUGAACCCUGGUUGAUUGUGUCGUUUUGGAUCUCUAUACGCAGCAGCAAGCUUGCCCUACACGCGACGAUGCCUUCCGCCGACAAGAAGCCCAAGACCUUGUACGACAAGGUUUUUGAUGCCCACAUUGUGAACGAACAGGAGGAUGGCACCAUCCUGAUCUAUAUUGACAGACACCUCGUCCACGAAGUCACCUCGCCUCAAGCUUUCGAGGGUCUCAAGAAUGCCAACCGGAAAGUCCGCCGGCCGGACUGCACUCUCGUUACCGUCGAUCACAACAUCCCCACCUCGUCGCGAAAAAACUUCAAGAACGUCGAUGAGUUCAUCGAGGAAGAGGACUCCCGCCUGCAAUGCUCGACCCUCGAGGAUAACGUGAAGGACUUUGGCCUCACAUACUUUGGAAUGGGGGACAAGCGGCAGGGUAUUGUGCACGUUAUCGGCCCGGAGCAAGGCUUCACCCUGCCGGGCACCACCCUGGUUUGCGGCGACAGUCACACCUCGACGCACGGCGCCUUUGGUUCCCUCGCCUUUGGUAUCGGAACCAGUGAGGUGGAGCACGUCCUGGCCACCCAGACUCUGCUCACCCGUCGGAGCAAGAACAUGCGCAUCCAGGUUGAUGGCCAGCUGCCCCCGGGCGUCACCAGCAAGGAUGUCGUCCUUCACGUCAUUGGUGUCAUCGGAACGGCCGGUGGUACUGGCGCCGUCAUCGAGUUUUGCGGAUCGGUCAUCCGAGGUCUGAGCAUGGAAGCCAGAAUGUCCAUGUGCAACAUGGCGAUCGAGGGCGGUGCCCGCGCCGGUAUGGUUGCUCCCGACGAGAUCACCUUCGAGUACCUCAAGGGCCGCCCUCUGGCUCCCAAGGUCGACAGCGCCGAGUGGAAGCGGGCGGUCAGCUACUGGUCCAGCCUGCGCACCGAUGACGGUGCUCACUUCGACAGCAGCAUCUACAUCAACGGCCAGGACAUCGUCCCCACCAUCUCCUGGGGUACUUCUCCUCAAGACGUCGUUCCCAUCACCGGUGUGGUUCCGGGCCCUGACGACUUCGAGGACGAGAACCGCAAGGCAAGCUGCCGACGUGCUCUGGAGUACAUGGGCCUCGUCGCCGGCACGCCCAUGAAGGAGGUUCAGAUCGACAAGGUGUUCAUCGGAUCCUGCACCAACUCGCGGAUUGAGGAUCUGCGGGCUGCCGCCAAGGUUGUCAAGGGUAAAAGGAUCGCCCCCAAUGUCAAGCGUGCGAUGGUCGUCCCCGGUUCCGGUCUGGUCAAGGAGCAGGCCGAGGCGGAAGGUCUGGACCGGAUUUUCACCGACGCCGGCUUCGAGUGGAGAGAAGCUGGCUGUUCGAUGUGCCUGGGCAUGAACCCCGAUAUCCUUUCCCCCCUGGAGCGCUGCGCCAGUACCUCGAACCGAAACUUCGAGGGUCGCCAGGGUGCUCUUGGCCGUACCCAUCUCAUGUCGCCCGCCAUGGCGGCCGCGGCUGGUAUUGUGGGCAAGAUGGCCGAUGUCCGUGAGCACAUCAGCACCAGCCCCGUCCUUGCCAAGGUGCGGCCGCAUCUGGAUGUGCAGCCCGAGCCCGAAGAGGUCAUCACCGACGACGAGCUCGAGCGCAUUCUCGACAUCCCCACCGACAAGGAGCCGCACGCCAACUCGUCUCUGGGCUCGAGUGCCGGUCUCCCCAAGUUCACCGUCCUCAAGGGCAUUGCCGCCCCCAUGGACCGUUCCAACGUCGAUACUGAUGCCAUCAUCCCCAAGCAGUUCCUCAAGACCAUCAAGCGGACGGGUCUGGGUAGCGCCCUCUUCUACGAACUCCGCUACAAGGAUGGUGAGGAGAUCCCCGAGUUUGUUCUCAACAAGGGUGUGUACCGCAACGCCAAGAUCCUUGUCGUCACGGGUCCCAACUUUGGCUGCGGCAGCUCGCGCGAGCACGCCCCCUGGGCGCUGCUGGAUUUCGGCAUCAAAUGCGUGAUCGCUCCCUCCUUUGCCGACAUCUUCUUCACCAACACCUUCAAGAACGGCAUGCUCCCCAUCCCCAUCACCGACGAGGCUACUCUGCAACGCAUCGCCGACGAGGCCCGCGCCGGCCGCGAGCUGGAAAUCGACCUGGAAAACCUCGAGGUCAGGACCGCCGAGGGCAAGAAGCUCGCCAGCUUCGAAGUCGACUCCUUCCGCCGCCACUGCCUGCUCAACGGCCUCGACGAUAUCGGCCUGACCCUGCAGAUGGAGGACAAGAUCCGUCGCUUCGAGAACAAGCGUACCCUGGAGACCCCCUGGCUGGAUGGCAGCGCCUACCUGAAGCGCGGCCCCCGUGGUCCCACCAAGAUCGAGGCGGCCCCGGUUCCCAAGACGAACCGCGGCGACGUCAAGAACGAACCUCUGGAGUGGUGAGGUUGUCGCUGUUGUGGUUUGCUUUCCUAAAAAAAUAAGGUCCUGCUUGGGGCCGCAUGACUGUGCAUGCUGUUGCUUUCUUCUUAUUAUCGGAAUAAUCUGGGAUUCGGCGGGCUUUGCUUUCGGGCUU